AUGACGUUACAGCCCAACCCAGCUCUAUCACCAGCCUCACCCUCCCAUGGCAUUACAGCCCGACCCAGCUCUAUCACCAGCCUCACCCUCCCAUGGCAUUACAGCCCGACCCAGCUCUAUCACCAGCCUCACCCUCCCAUGGCAAUACAGCCCAACCCAGCUCUAUCACCAGCCUCCCCUCCCAUGGCAUUACAGCCCGACCCAGCUCUAUCACCAGCCUCACCCUCCCAUGGCAAUACAGCCCGACCCAGCUCUAUCACCAGCCUCACCCUCCCAUGGCAAUACAGCCCGACCCAGCUCUAUCACCAGCCUCACCCUCCCAUGGCAUUACAGCCCGACCCAGCUCUAUCACCAGCCUCACCCUCCCAUGGCAUUACAGCCCGACCCAGCUCUAUCACCAGCCUCACCCUCCCAUGGCAUUACAGCCCGACCCAGCUCUAUCACCAGCCUCACCCUCCCAUGGCAUUACAGCCCGACCCAGCUCUAUCACCAGCCUCACCCUCCCAUGGCAUUACAGCCCGACCCAGCUCUAUCACCAGCCUCACCCUCCCAUGGCAAUACAGCCCGACCCAGCUCUAUCACCAGCCUCACCCUCCCAUGGCAUUACAGCCCGACCCAGCUCUAUCACCAGCCUCACCCUCCCAUGGCAUUACAGCCCGACCCAGCUCUAUCACCAGCCUCACCCUCCCAUGGCAUUACAGCCCGACCCAGCUCUAUCACCAGCCUCACCCUCCCAUGGCAAUACAGCCCGACCCAGCUCUAUUACCAGCCUCACCCUCCCAUGGCAAUACAGCCCGACCCAGCUCUAUCACCAGCCUCACCCUCCCAUGGCAAUACAGCCCGACCCAGCUCUAUCACCAGCCUCACCCUCCCAUGGCAAUACAGCCCGACCCAGCUCUAUCACCAGCCUCACCCUCCCAUGGCAUUACAGCCCGACCCAGCUCUAUCACCAGCCUCACCCUCCCAUGGCAUUACAGCCCGACCCAGCUCUAUCACCAGCCUCACCCUCCCAUGGCAUUACAGCCCGACCCAGCUCUAUUACCAGCCUCACCCUCCCAUGGCAUUACAGCCCGACCCAGCUCUAUCACCAGCCUCACCCUCCCAUGGCAUUACAGCCCGACCCAGCUCUAUCACCAGCCUCACACUCCCAUGGCAUUACAGCCCGACCCAGCUCUAUCACCAGCCUCACCCUCCCAUUGCAUUACAGCCCGACCCAGCUCUAUCACCAGCCGCACCCUCCCAUGUCUACCUGUACAUCUGCCUGCCUUAUUCAACCUACAUUGA